CUCACUGUUACCAGCUUGUGAGCUCACAACAAGUCAACAUGCCACGAGAGAUAGUGUGUGAUAAGGGGGAGGCGGUGUAUGUGAAGACAGAGCUCAUAGAAGUAUGUGUGAAGAUGGAGCCCAGAGGCGUGUGUGUCAAAACGGAGCUUGGAGAGGCAUGUGUGAAGGCCGAGCCCGGAGGGGAGUGUGUGAAGACGGAGCCCGGAGAGUCGAGUGUGAAGACAUGGCCUGCAGAGGUGUGUAUGAAGACGGUGCCCAGAGAGGCAGGUGUGAAGAUGGAGCCUGGAGAGGGAGGUGUGAAGAUGGAGUCCGGAGAGGCAGGUGUGAAGGCAGAGCCUAGAGAAAUAGAAGAGCAGGAGUGCACAGACAGCGCAGGCUCGCGCAUAGUGAGUGCAGUUGCUGCACGGGCCCGACUGUAUACUGACCAUGAGGUCAAGGAUGAGCUUGUGCUGGGCCCUGAAGGGUGGCACCGCCCUCAAGUGUUUCCACAACCAGUGUGUUCGGACGACAGCGCGGUCCGCGCCAGGGAACAGCUCGCGAUGGCGUGUUCCGUGGUGCUCGAGCGCCUUGGCGGCGACGCGAUUGUUCACAUGGGAGUCAAACCAUACGGUUGCGAACACUGCGGCAAGCGUUGCAGAAAUAAAUCUAUUUUAAGAAAACACAUACAAGACACUCACUUACCGACCGGGCCUUCAAUUAGUUUAACCCAAAAAACAUUUUCUUGUGGUCUUUGUAGUUCUACAUUUCAGACUAAAUUGCGUGCAUUAGAGCACGAAAAAAGGGAGCACGAUGUUACAAAUUUUAUGUGUGAUGAAUGUAAAUAUACAACAAGGUACAAGCGAAGUUUACAGACUCAUUUGAAGAGUCACUCUGGGGACAACGUUUUUAAUUGUGGUCACUGUAGUUACACUACUCUGUUUAAAAGUAAUUUACACAAACACCAAGCGAUACACACUCGAGACAGACUUAGGUGUACCGAAUGUGAUUUCAAAUGCAGGACUAAACUAAACCUGCGGCGUCACCAGAAGACACACAAAAGAAUACAUCAGGAGAUAAAGAGUAGAGAGAAACUCUUUCAUCAAUGUGGUUACUGUGAUUACAAAGCUCGUAAAAAAGAUAAUUUACAACUUCACAUAAAAAAACACACUGGCGAGAAGCCAUUCACAUGUAGCUACUGUGAUUACAAAUGCAUUCGGAAAUCAAGCCUACGACGACACCUGAUGAUACAUACUGGGGCGAAGCCAUUUAAGUGUAGCAAGUGCGACUACAGCUGCAGGCAGAAAGGAAACUUGCUGUUCCAUUAUAGGACACACACUGGAGAAAAGCCGUACACAUGUAGUCAAUGCGACUACAAGUACAGUGAUUUAUCAAGCGUACGUAGACACGAAAUGACACAUACUAACACGAAGCCUUUCCAGUGUGACCACUGUGAUUAUAAAUGCAUUCGGAAAUCGAGUCUAAAAAUACACAUGAUGAUACAUACUGGGGCAAAACCAUUUAAAUGUAGCAAUUGCGACUACAAGAGCAAUCGGAAAGAAAACUUGUUAAAACACCAGAUGAUACACACUGGCGAGAAGCCUUUUAUUUGUAUCCACUGCAACUACAGGAGUGGAUAUAAAUAUGAUUUACAAAGACAUCUAAGAAAGAAACAUUCCAGUGAAAAACCCUGAAAUAAUUACGCAAGUUUUCGGAAAUAUGAUGCGCUAGUUACCGAUAGAGCGUUUGUUGGGUGUGGGCUAUAUUAUGAUGGAGAGUGGGAGUUGUGGCACAGAAUAAAUAACAGUACUUACUACCAUACAGAAUGGACACUUCCUACAAAACCGAAGUACGACAGCGAUUUAGGGACGAAUCAUGCUAUCCCUUUCUAAUUUAUGACACUAUCCUUCGGCUAUUUAGGGCUUUCAAAAUUCAUCUUAUCUGUGGUCGUGCACGCAAAAGGACGUCAAGUGGUGCCAACCCUAAUAAUUGUUUGGAGCAAUGCUGAGCCGAAUGGAGCCGAGUUGGCCCGAAAGGAGGAGUGUCUCCACACUGGUCGUGGUUCCCUUGCACGCGCAAUAAUAUCCCUUCAAGUGGCACCAGUGAAAACGCGAAAAGUAGUCAAGUGGCGCCACGGAUUUGCGCAAAAGCAGUAACGUAGCGGGGCCCCGAUGGGUGGUCAGCGCAGAUUAAGAUAAUUUUACAAAAUCGUCGAAUUAAGCUUUUCUAUGUUUGGAAGUAUAUAUUAAAUCACAUAUCGUUAGAAUCAGCGUUAAAUAGGCUAUUUGAAUAUAUCAAUUAAAUUAUUAUAAUGUUUA